UUUGCUGUCUUAACUCCUCCAUGCAUUUGGACCAACCCUUCACCUCUAGGCUGAAAGGAAAUGAAACCGAUAGGCUGGCACUCUUAUCCAUCAAAGGCAACAUACAGCAUGAUCCCAACCGCGUCCUGAGCUCCUGGAAUAACUCCAUUCACUUCUGCUUGUGGCACGGUGUCACUUGCAGUUCAAGGCAUCGUCAGAGAGUCACCAUGCUGGACCUCAACUCCCAAGGCCUGGCUGGCUCCAUAUCCCCACACAUAGGAAAUCUGAGCUUUCUAAGGGAUCUUCGCCUCCAUAACAAUAGCUUCUCUCAAGAAAUUCCUCCACAAAUUGGGCAUUUGCGUAGGUUACAGGUAUUGGAUUUAGAGAAUAACUCAUUUAUUGGCCGUAUUCCUGCCAACAUAUCCAAUUGCUUCAACCUCAUCUCUCUCUCCUUUAGUCGCAACAAACUGGCGGGUGAAAUUCCUUCCAAUCUUGGUUUCUUGUCUAAGCUUCAAAAACUUGUUUUACAAUCUAACAAUCUAACGGGAGAAAUCUCUCCUUCCUUGGGGAACCUUUCAUCUCUUACAGUAUUUGCUGCAUUUGAUAACAACUUAGUGGGGAGCAUACCUAGUUCUCUAGGCCAAUUGAAAAUGUUAACCUUUUUCUCGUUGGGCCAAAAUAAGUUGUCUGGUACCAUCCCUCCUUCCAUUUACAACUUAUCGGCUAUUGUUACUUUUUAUGUGGCUUUUAACCAAAUUCAGGGGAGUAUUCCCUCACACUUGACCACUGCAUUUCUUAACCUCAAGGUCUUUAACAUUAAUGAUAAUGAAUUUACUGGGGUCAUUCCUGUGUCGAUAUCCAAUGGAACAAGUCUCGUGUCGUUCAAUGUUGGACGUAACAAUCUAACUGGACAAGUGCCCAAUUUGCAAAAGGUUCAUAACCUCAGAACAUUCAUUGUUCUGUCUAAUCAUCUCGGAAGCGGUAAACAAGGCGACCUGAGCUUUGUCUCAGAGUUGAUGAAUGCCACACAGUUAAGACGGUUGGGUUUAGGCUUCAAUAAUUUCGGAGGGACAUUGCCCACAUCAAUAUCCAAUCUUUCAACCAGUCUUCAAAUGCUUUGGGUUGAACGAAACCAACUACAUGGAAGCAUCCCAACUGGUUUAGAAAAUCUUGUGAAUUUGCAAUCACUGAUUUUGGAGGUAAACUCCUUCACUGGUAGCAUCCCCGCUGACAUUGGGAAGCUUUCGACGCUUGGGGAAUUGUAUCUUGACUACAACCAAUUAUCAGGAAGCAUUCCAUCUUCUCUUGGAAAUUUAACCAUGUUAAGCCGUCUUUACUUGCUAGCAAAUAAUCUUAGCGGCAGCAUCCCUUCGAGUCUAGAGAAAUGCCACGAGUUGUUGGAACUGGAUCUUUCUCAAAAUAACCUUAAUGGUACAAUACCCCAGCAACUACUUAUUGGCCUCCUCUCCUUAUCAAUUUCUCUCGACUUGUCCAGAAACCACUUUGUUGGUUCCCUUCCUGUGCAGAUCGGCAAGUUGAGGAAUCUAGGCGUACUUGACGUUUCUGAGAACAUGUUAUCGGGAGAGCUUCCUAAUAGCCUCGGUGAUUGUGAGAGUUUAGAAGGACUAUACUUGCAAGGAAAUUACUUCAAGGGGCUCAUUCCCUCAUCUAUGAAGAACUUGAGAGGCCUUCGAGAUUUAGACCUUUCUCGAAAUAAUUUGUCAGGACAUAUUCCACUGUUUUUAAGGACUUUGGAAACUUGGAGUGUUUUUAAGAAUGCAAGUGCAACAUCAGUUGUUGGAAAUGCUGCACUCUGCGGAGGUAUUGCAGAGCUUCAACUACCUGUGUGCAAAUCUGAAGUGUCUAAAGCAAGAGGUUUGUCUCGCACAAUAAAAAUAGUUAUGGCUUUAGUAUCCGGGUUUACUUUGUUGGUAAUUGCUAUAAUGCUAUCCUUUUUACUUCAUUGUAAGAAAAGGAAAGCAAUUGAGUUGAGCACUUUGGGGAACUCGGUUUUGCGAGUCUCAUAUGCUACGCUCCUAAAAGCAACUGAUGAGUUUUCUCCCACUAAUUUGAUUGGUGAGGGUGGUUUUGGUACUGUGUACAAAGGAAUUCUCGAUCUUGAUAGAGUUGUUGCUGUAAAGGUACUUAACAUGUUAUACAGGGGGGCUUCAAAGAGUUUCAUAGCUGAAUGUGACGCACUGAGAAACAUCAGGCAUCGAAAUCUAGUCAAGAUUAUAACUGCAUGUUCAAGUGUUGAUUUUCGUGGGAAUGAUUUCAAGGCUCUAGUUUAUGAAUUCAUGGAAAAUGGGAGCUUAGAAGAGUGGUUGCAUCUAACCAGUGGAAUUGAAACGGUAAUAGAUGCACCCAAAACUUUAAGUCUUGUCCAGAGGCUCGAUAUCGCCAUUGAUGUUGCUUCUGCAUUGGAUUAUCUUCACGAUCAUUGUGAAACACCAAUAGUUCAUUGUGAUCUCAAACCAAGUAAUGUUCUUUUGGACAAAGAGCUGACUGCACAUGUUUCCGACUUUGGGUUGGCAAGGUUUCUCUCAAAAUUAACUGAUAACGUUUCUGGAAAUCAAUCAAGCUCCAUUGGAAUAAGAGGAUCGGUUGGUUAUGCUGCUCCAGAGUAUGGUAUGGGAAGUGAGGUGUCAACAUAUGGGGAUGUGUACAGCUUUGGCAUUCUCUUAUUAGAAAUGUUUACUGGGAAGAGACCUACUGAUCCUAUGUUCAAUGACGGCUUGAAUCUUCAUAACUUUGUGAAGAUGGCUCUACCUGAACAUGUUGAGGAGAUUACGGAUUCACUACUUGAAGGAGGCAUCACCACUAUCGAUGAAGCUCGCAAUCAACCCAUCGCAAGUCCACCACAGAAGAUUGAAGAGUGCUUGACGUUGAUAUUUGGAAUUGGAAUUGCAUGUUCUGCUGAAUCCCCAACAAACCGAAAGGAUAUAAGUGAUGUUGUAUCUGAAUUGCACACCAUCAGGAACAAUCUUCUUGGCUAGAACUUUUUAAAUUGUUACUUUUAUAUAUGUUGUAUGCUUCUUGUAUUUUGAUCAUUAC